AAAUUAACUCUUUCCCUGACAGUAAACCAGGACUUAAGGACAGAUACGUGCUUACAUUUCUAAGAAGUGCAGUAACUUGAUAGGACUCUGGGCGCCGCUGUUCACCAACCUGAGGGAUACAUGCCCUACACUACCCGCCCAAUAAAAAAAAAAAAAACUAAACGUGUGACUCUUGGACUCUCCAUCAUGCCACACUGAAAAUGUCUGCCUGAGACUGCCCAGCGUAUCUCUGGACAUCUCUCUGCUGUAAUUAUUUUAAAUACUGAGGUAAAGAAGACCCUGGAAAAACAGAAAAACAAUACCCUUUAUAACAGAUUGAGAGAAAAGUGGGAAGCCAGAGAGCAAUGGCGAUUCCAGAGAAGCUAACCGGCUGGAGCCGGCUGAUGCUGCUGUGCCUUUCUCUGGAGCUACUAUCGGAAGCCUGGGCUAGAAACAUCCGCUACUCGGUGCCAGAAGAAACCGACAAAGGCUCCUUCGUGGGCAACAUCGCCAAGGACCUGGGGCUGGAGCCCCGCGAGCUGGCGGAGCGCGGGGUCCGCAUCGUCUCCAGAGGUAGGUCGCAGCUUUUCUCCCUGAACCCGCGGAGCGGCAGCUUGGUCACCGCGGGGAGGAUAGACCGGGAGGAGCUGUGCGCUCAGAGCGCGCCCUGCCUUGUGAGCUUUAACAUCCUUGUGGAGGAUGAAAUGAAGCUUUUCCCUCUCGAAGUAGAGAUAAUUGACAUUAAUGACAACACCCCUCAAUUCCAGUUAGAAGAGCUGGAAUUAAAAAUGAGUGAAAUAACGACUCCAGGUACCAGGAUCCCUCUGCCUCUUGGGCAAGACUUUGAUGUGGGUAUAAACUCACUUCAGAGCUACCAGCUAAGUGCCAACCCUCACUUCAUCCUGGAUGUGCAACAGGGACCUGAAGGACCACAACAGCCAGAGAUGGUACUGCAAAGCCCUCUAGACAGAGAAAAAGAUGCUACCCACUACCUUGUCCUCACUGCCUCUGAUGGGGGUAACCCAGUACACUCGGGAACUCUGCAAAUUCGUGUUCAGGUGGUAGAUGUGAAUGACAACCCACCAUCAUUUACUCAGGCAGAGUACCACGUGAGUGUCCCUGAGGACGUCCCAUUAGGCACUCGGCUGCUCAAGGUGAAUGCUACUGACCCGGAUGAGGGAGCGAAUGGCAAAGUGACAUACUCCUUUCACAACGUAGACCACGGUGUGGUCCGGAAAUUUCAGCUGGAUUCUUACACAGGAGAAAUAACAAAUAAAGGACCACUGGAUUUUGAAGAAUACAAAGUUUAUCCAAUGGAAAUUCAAGCUCAGGAUGGUGCUGGGCUCAUGGCUAGAGCUAAGGUGCUGGUCACUGUUUUGGAUGUUAAUGAUAAUGCCCCAGAAGUUGGAAUCACCUCUGUCACUGCCGAAGUGCCAGAAAACUUUCCUCCUGGGACCAUAAUUGCUCUUAUCAGUGUGCAUGACCAAGACGCUGGUAACAAUGGUCACACCACAUGUUCCAUUCCUGGAAACCUACCCUUUAAACUGGAAAAGUUAGUUGACAAUUACUACCGCUUGGUAACAGAAAGAACACUGGACAGAGAACAAAGCUCUGGGCACAACAUCACAAUAACAGCAACAGAUCAGGGAACUCCGCCCCUAUCUACCCAAGCUCACAUCUCACUGCUAGUGACAGAUAUCAAUGACAACCCUCCAGUUUUUGAACAGGACUCCUACUCUGUUUACAUCCCUGAAAAUAACCCCAGAGGGGCUUCCGUCUUCUCAGUGAAGGCCCAGGAUGCUGACCACAACGAGAACGCGCUUGUGACUUACUCCCUGGUGGGAGACACUAUUCAGGGAGUACCUUUGUCUUCUUACUUCUCCAUCAACUCUGACACUGGAGUUGUCUAUGCAUUGCAAUCCUUUGACUAUGAGCAGUUUCGAGAUUUGCAGCUCAGAGUGAUGGCCCGUGACGGUGGGAACCCACAACUCACCAGCAAUGUAUCUCUGAGUCUGUUCAUGAUAGAUCAAAAUGACAAUGCCCCAGAAAUCCUGUACCCUGUUCUCCCCAAAGAUGGCUCCACUGGUGUGGAACUAGCACCUCGAUCUGCCGAGCCCGGUUACCUGGUGACCAAGGUGGUGGCGGUGGACAGAGACUCGGGACAGAACGCCUGGCUGUCCUACCGCCUGCUCAAGGCCAGCGAGCCAGGGCUCUUCUCCGUGGGGCUACACACGGGAGAGAUACGCACUGCCCGGGCCCUGCUGGACAGAGAUGCUCUGAAGCAGAGCCUGGUGGUGACUGUGCAGGACCACGGCCAGCCUCCUCUGUCCACCACCGUCACAUUGACGAUAGCAGUAGCUGACAGCAUCCCUGAACUCCUGGCUGACCUGGGCAGCACUGGAGCGGCUGCCGAUCCCCAGGAUUCAGCUCUCACGCUCUACCUGGUGGUGGCAGUGGCCGUGGUCUCCUGCGUCUUUCUAGCCUUUGUCAUCAUGCUCUUGACGCUCAAGCUGCGACACUGGUACUCCUCACGCUUGCUCCAGACUGCAGCAAACGGACUGACGGACAUUCCUGCCUCCAACUUCGUAGGUGUUGACGGGGUACAUGCCUUUCUACAGACCUAUUCCCAUGAGUUCUCACUCACCGCUGACUCCCGAAAGAGUCACCUGAUCUUCCCUAGGCCCAACUACGCAGACACGCUCAUCAGCCAGGAGAGCUGCGGGAAAAGCGAAUUUCUGUCGGCACCCCAGUCCCUGCUUGAAGAUAAAGAGGAAAUAUUUUCUCAGGUAAACUUGUAAUGACCUUAUAAGCUAUAUCGAUGGAAGUAAUUCAUGUCUGGACAUACUUGCUUGCACUGUUUUCUAUAAACAGUAUAUUCCAUUAUACCCCAGUAGUGGUCGGAUGUGUUUAUUUUUGUUUCAUGCCACUGGAGGUUAAACCUAAGGGCUUAUGCAUGCUGGGUGAGUGUUACCAUUUCGAGACAAGGUCUUGAUAAGAUACCUGGGCUGGCCUUGAACUCACUUUGUAGCCCAGCCUAGUUAUAAAUUUAUAAUCCUCCUACCUCAGACUACUGGAGUGCUGGGAUCUCAGGCAUGUAGCCACAACCCAGGUGGCCUACCCUUUUAGAUUUCUAUUGGCAUCCCAGGGGUGGGGAACAUGCCUAAAAACCCAGUCCUCUGUCUCAGAAAAGGGUGGGGAGUGGAACCUCCGACCUUGGGAAGGAGCCCUUAGUCACACUGGGAAUGGUGAGGAUAAAGAGUGUGUGGUAAGGCCUGUCUCCUUUGAGAAAGAUAACUGCAUCAGAAACAAAUUUAUCUUCUGUUUCUCACUUAUGUCUGGCUAAAUCAUUUCAUUGUCUGAGUUGACUAUCGACGUAUCCAGAAGUGAUAGUGGUGAAAAUCACCACAAGUCAUCAUUUUACCCGUGUUAAUAUAAAAUGAUAAUAAUCUCUACAAGCUGGGAUUUUGUUGCUAAACAGAUUAGUUCUAUAAUCUCUCAUUAAGAGAUAUUUUAUGUGUGUUUAAAAAUGUAUCUUUAAG